GGACUCGGUCCACGCAACGCCAGCACAUCCAAUCAUAUCGCACACAUGUACGCUGACCUCCAGGAAGAGGAAGGCACCACUGAUGGCGACUCUGGUGACUGGACCGAUCCCGAAACAGUAAUACGGUGAAUCAGGAAGUUCCACAUUAGAACAAGAUGAUGUAUCCUCGGUGCUUAUACAGUACGCACGGUCGCAGCACACAUGUUUCAAGCUUUUACGGGAACCGAUAUACGUCCCUUAACGACGAGGAUAUUGUGCGCAUGCUCAACCCGAGAGUGUGGAAUAUCAUUCGAGCUGACCUUCCUACUUUGCCGCUUUUAUCCUUGCAAUGCACGGAUAUCCUCAUUAUUCACUACCCUCUUCACAGCUGAAUCACCACUCAAACUGAUUGAGAAUAUUUUAUUAUGAGUGAGUUGCGAGGAAAAUGGCUUUCCUAUGUCGCUUCGAGCGUAUAUAUGGGCACUUGAAUCGACUGGCAAUGGAAGGUACGAGUUCCAACCCCAAGCUUGAGGUACAGCGUUUCACAGCCAACAUGGGCAACUCUGCACCGAACAUGCAGCUGCCAGACGCAGCGGCCAUCCUCCAGUCCGUUAACGCUACCAUAAAUCAUGCAGCCUAUAUGUUCCCUACUUCUGGAUACCAAGUCUUCCAGUCUGUACUUCGCACCCUCCUUACACUCCUAUUUCUCUUUGUUACAUACCAUUGCUUUCACUACUUCACAUGCGAACUUGCGCCGUUCGGCUCGGGCCUCAAGGCUCUCCCAGGUCCGCGCUCAACUCUCCCUUACUUAGGUCGCGUCCACGAUGUCGACCGCAUGCAGGCUUGGACCUCAAUGCAUACGUUCAGCAAGCAGUACGACGGACUGUUCUCAUGUACACUGGGUGGCGAAACGCAUAUCUGGAUCGCGAGAGAAGAUGUUGCGCAAGACUUGCUGGUCAAGAAUGCGGAGCUGAGUUCGGCGAGGGCAGACAUAGGUUCUUUUCCAGGGGUGACGCAGGACUUCUUGUACUUGCCUCUGCUCGGGUACACGGAUCACUUCCACCGUCAAAAAAGGUUCGCAAACGCAAUGAUGACCCGCGCAGCCAAGAACCAAUACUACGGUCACAUCCAGCUUGAGAUGAAGCGCUUCAUGCACGAGCUCUCUCAAAAGCCAGAAAACUUCUUCACCCUCACCCAUCUCUUCUGCGCUAGGAUCAGUUCUCGCCUCGCAUACGGCACCACCGAUCGUUCAAUAGAGCACAUGACCAAUGCUGGCGUCUUCAUCUCCCAACUUGGCCCUUCUGGACCCAUACCCAAUCUCAUGCCGUUCCUUAGAUACUUCCCUGAGUGGAUGGCGCCGGGUCAGCGUGGAGUGCGAGAACGUCGAGAAAGGGAAGCAGCGCUAUGGAAGGAUACGUUCGAUCUGGCAAAAGCAUCCAAAGAUACGACAAUUUACACGACCGCAAGCUUAGCUACAAAAGCUAUUGGCUCCGAUACCGACCUUCUCUUCGCUGACGAGGAAGAGGCCAAGGCUGCAGUCGGUAUGCUUUGCACUGUUGCAAUCUAUACUAUCGGUGGGCCUGCGACGUUGUUCAUCAUGGCUAUGAUUCUGUAUCCGGAAUGGCAAGAGAAAGUGCGUCAGCAGAUUGAUGAGGUAGUUGAGAAGGAUGAGAUGGUGGACUUUAACCAUAGUCCGCAGUUGCCGAUUUUGAGGGCAGCUAUCAAGGAAUGUGUGAGAUGGAAAAGUACUGUUCCACUCGGCGUCCCCCGACUCCUCACAAAAGACUAUACCCACUCCGGGUAUCACUUCCCCCGCGGCGCUGUCGUCCACGUCCUCGACAUCGCCAUGUCCCAAAACCCCACCACCUACUCCUCCUCUCCUCCCUCCCUCUACGACCCUUCUCGCUGGCUGGACCCAUCGUCCCCCAAUUUCAAGUCUCCAUUGACCGAACACCCACGCUUGAAGGGCCAUCACAUCUUUGGGAGGGGCAAGAGAGUGUGUCCCGGCCAGGAUCUUGCGGAGGCGGAGUUGUUGGUCUUUUGUGGCAAUUUAGUCAAGAAUUUCGAACUUGGGAAGAAGAAUGGAGUAGAGAUUGGACCGGACGAGUGGACGCCACAUGUUAUUGGAGGACCGUUACCGUUCCCCUGCGAGAUGAAGGCUAGAGAUGGAGAGAGAGCGGAAGCGAUUGGAAAGUGGUGGGAGGAUGUUAAAGAGCAGAUGGAGGAAUGAAGAGGUUUUUGACG